GGGGCGGCAGCUCGGGGGAGCCCGCGGCGCUGCUCCGGCUACCUGCCCGCUCUCCGCCCGGGCUCGUUCCGCCCUCGGCUGGGGUGAGGCGCGGACCCCAGAGCCGACAUGAACAAAGAGAGCAGCCCAACGUAACACACUGAUGGCGUUCUGUGCUAUGUCAGGAUCAAUAAGUCAAGAAGGUGUGAUGCCUAGGAACCUCCUGGUGGGUUCUCCUGAAAUGGCAUCUGAAAUCUCUCCAGAACACACGCGUGGGAGUGUGGAAAGGGCUGGCACUGUGGAGAAUCAUGGCAGCCAAUCUAGAUGCAGAAACCUUGCUUUGGGAAACUGCAUGAGGAAACAGACACAAGUGCAAACAGAGACGAAGUUGGCCUUUCACAUCUUGGAUGAUGAAAGUUUGAAGUAUUUAACUCAUGAAGAACAGGAUGUUCUCAUGUUCUUUGAGGAAACCAUAGAUGCCUUAGAAGAUGACUUGGAGGAGAUGGCCCUAGGUGACAGUGGCAUCCACUGUCAGUCCCCAAGGUCAACAGAAGAAAAUGUAUCCAGUCAUUCAGAGACUGAAGAUAUCAUUGACUUAGUGCAGUCAACACCUGAGAGCAGUGACCAUGAAGGCCCUUCCAGCAAAGACACAGAACCAGUGUUGGAUGCCACUCGUGGAGCUGAGAGCCCUCAGCCAGCUGUAUCUACUGGGCUUCCUCCACACACCCCUGCACCACCACCAACCGUGUCUGAGACACUUCCUCUUCCUCCUCCACCCCCUCCUCCAGUGCAGCAUCCAAAGCUGCUCCGUUCUGUCCCCACUCCUCUCAUCGUGGCCCAGAGGAUCUGCGAGCAGCAGGUGGAGAGCUGGGCGCGCUUCCCCGGCGCCCUCAAGGAAGGGAAUUCUGACAGGAAGAAAGCCCCAGUAGCCAAUGGUGAUUAUUCCACAGCACCCAAGCACCCUCCUGCCCCCGCCCCCAAACUGCACCGGUUCCCAAGCAACAUCAACAUAACAAAUGUCAGUGGCAAGGAAUUCAGCGAGACCAUUUCCAAAGCAGCGGUUAAUGUCCAGGAGCGGCGGGCUCAGGUGCUGGCCAACAUCAAUGGGGGAGCUCUUCUGGCAGCUGAACUGGAGGAGAAGCUGCACAAAAAUGAUUUCUUGUCACGUAACAGAAGCUCUUCCUUACGGGAUCUCUCCUCUGAGCAAACACGCUAUGAAGCCCUGACAAAACUCGGCCUAGUUAAGGGAAAGCCAGCUCAGGACCAAGUGGACCAUGCCCCAAGCACUCGGCAGCUUGAUGUGCAGCCCAAGCAGUCUCGGGCUGUUACCAAUGGGUAUCAAAACAUCAAUGAGGUUUUAAAAAGUGAGCCCAGCCCUUUCCUUCCUAUGGGAAAAACUGUAACAAUCAAACCAGAGGUGGCUCUUGCCACUAACAAAGUCAGCAGUGCUCAGCAGAGCCCAGAAAAAAGUUGUAAUGAUUAUAAACAAGCUGGUGUAAGCCUGGACAUGAGGAGGAGGUCGGGUUCACUGCCUAGACCUUCAGGAUUUCGAUCCCAAGGGAUAACGGUGAAGUUUUCUGGCCGUGGCUCAACCGAAGAAGCCAGGAGAGAGGCACUCCGGAAACUUGGACUGCUGAAAGAGACUGCGUAACUGGAUGGGAAUGGUGGCAGUGGGGGGAAAGUCAUAACAUGGCUUUGUGCUAGAACAGUCCCAACAGGAUUGGGAUCAAGUGGAUUGGAAGAAAAAAGGCAAAGUUCUCUGUUUCAGGCAAGCCAAGGGAAGUAUUGGACAUUGUGGAAUGUCCACUUGUGUUUAUCCCAGAAGGACUGGCACCACGUAGGGUCAUGUACAGUAGUGGGGUUUGGCUCUCCUUCCUACAUUCAUACUCAUCUGUUGUUCUUUGUGACUAAGAGGAAUUUUAUUUAAUUAAUGCUGGACUGUAGCAGGCAGCAUCUCGUUAAUGAAGUGUACAGUUCAGUAUUGUUGUACAUAGCAAACUGAAUGGCAAGUCUUGCUUUUGCUCUUUCUGAAGCCAAAACAAAGAGCUCCGUCUGUCCUGCCCACAUGUCUGUCUGUUUGUCCAUGGGAGCUCGAGAUAAUGUCACAACUGAAAGUUGAAAGCUGAAAAUGUGACUUUUUGUUGUCUGUUAUCUGGCUUGGCUUCUUUCCCUGCCAGCAGUGGAGUCUUCUGCUCCCUCACUCUGCCCUUGACGCAGAGCUGUGCACAGGGUGGCUUCUGCUUUGACCUUCUCCUGGACAGAGCAGCCCAAGCUUUGGAUGGGUGACUGAGUCACUCUGCUGCUGCACCUGCAGUUACCCCUCCCUUCCCAGCCACCUGCUUCUCUGUCACACCUGAGCGACCCAAGUGUCCAGGGAAGGGCACCAGGAAAGACUCAAGGAUGUGCACCGAGCACCAGAUUUCUCACUGACAGCCAAAGAGUCUCCUGACAAUCUGUGACCCCAACUUCUCUGUCCCAGGGAGGGUGUCACAGCAGGGAAGCCAUAGGAACAAGUUAACUUUGUACCAAAAGCCAGCCCUGUAUGUCAAAAGUCUUCUCUUUUACAUUGGAGUUCCUGGGAAGGAGCUGGUUACUUUCUGAGAACUUCCUGUACUACACAAAUUAUAAGUUCUGUUACUUCUAAAACUCCUUUGGUCUUCCUGUAGUUUGGCAGCCCUAAUAAUCCUCUGUUCACAGCCUUAUUUGAUUCUGCCCUGCCAAUGCAUACCAGAAGUUACAGCCAAAAUUCUUGCAGGCUAUGUGGCGUUUCAGGAGAGCUGCAUGUAGGAGCACAUCAUUCCUGAAUGGUCCAAGUUGGUGGUGUUUUGCCUUUGUUCAGUAGACAAGCUGGUAAAGAUGGUUCCAAAGUAUAUCUGUUUGUUAGUAUGUUUUUGGUUGUUUUUUUUUUUUUUUAUUAUGGCAAAGCUGCCCUUUCACAUUGAAACUCCUUCCCUUUUUGUAUUACCUGAAAACAUCAAGAAUAGCCACUUUAAAAUCAAAUGCCAAACUCUUGGGGGUUUUUUUGGUGGUUUUUUGGGUUUUUUUUUUCUUUGUUAUUCCUUCAUGUUUGAUUUCCUGGUGUUUUGGAUUUUUUUCUAAAGGGAAAAACUGACAUACUCUGCACUUUGUAAAGCCUCGACCAACCCACUCCUUCUCCGAAGUACCUUAGCAAUAAACCUUGGAGAAGAGGAGGGGUGGCUACAGCAGAAACUGACACACCCUAUGGUGAGGAGCUCUGACAUAACUGUGAUAAACAAGUUUGUAGUUCUUGUGAUAAAGUAUUUCAAACUUGCUGAGCUGUGCUUGUAAAUGAAGCUGUCAUGAAGGAAAAAACCUUUGUGUCAUACUCAACCUGCCUCAUAAGUAAGGGUUUUUUGUUUUGUUUUCAUUAUCUGCUUGCUGUUUGAAUUUUUAAUUAUGUUUUUACGGUAUCUGGCUGGCUCUGUUACGUAGUUAUUCUUUUCAGUGUUUUCACCGGGUAAGUGAUCAUGUUCCUCACUGUGACAGGCUUGCUAUACAUAAGCAAUCACUAAUUAAAAUAUGUGGCCAUUCCUGAGCUGGCAGAGCACUUGGGCAUGCAUAAUCAAACGUCAGAGGUGCGGCUGAAACAAAGAAGGCUGCUUGUGUGCUGCAAGUAAAGCACGGGCUUGUUCUGCUAAGCUCUGAGUCUGUAGUCCUAAAUCAGAAAGACAAGGGAGCACAGAAAAUACACCCAAGCACGUGCUGCAGUGCAGGCUGGAAUGGAGGCUGACAUGUGGAAGAUGCAUCAUAAUUUAUUAACAUAACCUGCUAAGUAAAUUUAAAUGUCUCAUGGCCUCUGUGCUUUUAAAUCCUGGUAAAGUAAAUUCUUCAUUAUGAAUGUGAAGCGCGUACCAAGAAAUCUCCACAUCUAAUCAUUUCUUGCCAGCUCUUCUUUGAGUUGCUUGCAGCUCAGAGUACUUGCUAAGCAAAUGGGGGGGGGGGGGAAAUCCCUGGCACUGUUUCACUGAAAUUCAGUCCAGCUCAAUAACUCUGUAAUGCCACCCUACUUAAAAAUACCCCAGAUAUUUAAUAUCUAAAGUUGUUGUAUGCUGAAUUAGCUGGAUCGUGUUCUCUCAUCCUUUGUGCAGGGCUGUGUCCUCAACUGGUGAGAAGUGAGAGUUAGAUCUUCAUUAGGUAAAGCAGUUUCUGCCCAGGGAGGACUUGGAACGAGGUAUUCAUUGUAGCCCUUCAUCAUAGCAGAAAAACUCUUCUCUGUGCCUAAAACUGUAGUAAGUAAAGCCAUGUACUAAAUGAAGUUAAGGCUAGCUGCUAAUAACCUGUAUAUAAAUUUAGCUCUGUUUUGUGUAUCUUGUUUUGUCUGUAUAUGUUGCUGUGAUUUUACUUUCUCCCCCUUUGUGCUGGAGGUACUGUCUUGCACAAAUCUGAUAAAUCAUCUAUUAAACUAGAAUAAACCCAAUGAAGUGAUA